UAUGGUCCUAAAGCCGGCCUCCCCGCGACGCCGCCGAAAGCCGCUCCGUCCGAGAGCGCAGGCGGCCGAACACGCGCUUUCUUACGAAUGAAAUUCACAGAUGCAUUCAUUGCACUUUGAAGCAGGAUCUCCCUGAAGCAAAAUGGCUUCUCCUCCAACAGACAGUCCGUCUGAAGAGCAACUGGCCGCGACCACAGCCUCAGAAACGGAUGCAUUGAAAGAGAAAGAGAGGAAGGUGGUUAAGGAACAACCUAAAAAACCGAGGGGCAAAGGUCGGCCCUUAAAGUAUAAAUGUCCUGUGUGUAAGGAGGCUUUCCCCAGCCCUUCGGCCCUACGCGCUCAUAAGACAUCGGCGCAUGCGAAGGAGUGGAGCGUGCACGGCUGCGCUAAGUGCGACAAGACGUUUAAAAGCUCGGCGCAGCUUGCCAAACACCAGCGCAGCCAUUCAGCCCAGCGACCCUUCCAGUGUCCCCAGUGCCACAAGGCUUACAAGACGCCAACGGAGCUGCGCAACCACUCUCGCUCCCACACAGGCGAGAAGCCCUUUGUGUGCACCGAGUGCGGCAAGGCCUUCAUGCAAGCCAUCUGUCUGCGCAUCCACAUGACGCAACAUAGCGGCGAGCGGCCCCACUCCUGCCUGCACUGCUCGAAGAGUUAUCCGACACUGUCCAAACUCAAGGUGCACCAGAGGUCCCACACAGGGGAGAAGCCCUACUUUUGUGGGGAGUGUGGCAAAAGUUUUGCUGACCCCUCCGUGUACCGCAAGCAUCGGCGGAAUCACCAGGGCCACCGUCCCUACUCGUGCAGCCAAUGUGGCAAGACAUACACAGAGUUGAAGGACCUGAAGAACCACGAGCGCUCACACACAGGCGAGAAGCCCUACUUGUGUUCUGACUGCGGAAAGGCCUUCUCCCGCUCAUCCUCACUGGCCUGCCACCUGCGCAUCCACUCGCAAAGCAAGCCGUACCAGUGCGAGCAGUGUGGCAAGGGCUUCACGCAACUCUCCUCCUAUCAGUCACACUUGCGCACGCAUUCCGGCGAGAAGCCCUUCCUGUGCCCGCAGUGCGGCAAGAUGUUUUCCGAUCCGUCCAGCUUCCGGCGCCACCAGAGGGCCCACUCGGGCUUCAAGCCGUAUCCAUGCGAUAAGUGCACCAAGCGCUUCCGGCAGCCUGCGGACCUGGCUGUGCACCAGCGAGUUCACUCGGGCCAGCGGCCAUACAAGUGCCAAAGCUGCGAUAAGGCUUUUGUGGCGUCUUGGGACCUACGACGACACAUGCUCGUCCACACUGGACAGCGGCCGUUCGCUUGUUCUGAGUGCGGCAAGUCUUUUGCUGAGCGCUCCAGCCUAAACAAGCACCGACGGGUGCACUCUGGUGAGCGUCCCUUCAAGUGUGGCCAGUGCUUUAAAGCGUUCGUUGUCUCCUCAAGCCUGCGCAAACACGAGCGGACUCACCUGGCAGAGCGGCCCGUGCAGCAGCAUAGUGCUCCGCAAACGGCGCCGCAGCCCUUCUCCGUUUCCCUCUCGACCCCCACCACCCUGCCCCAGUUCUCAUGUGCCCACUGUGAUGUCACUUUCGGCACUUGGGAGGAAGUGCAGGCCCACGAGACCUUUCACUCCGUUGCACCUUCACCGUCGACCGGGGUUGCCCUCUCUGUGACUCAGCACACGCGUUCAUCAUGUCAGGCGGAAUUUGCGCAGUUGUCCGAGCUACAUGCACACGAGAGUAUGCACCCCAAACCCCGCCCUCACGUCUGUGAAAGCUGCAGCAAAAGCUUCUUGAACAAAGCCGGUCUGCGCAAACACCAGCGCAUCCACUCGGCAUCUCGCCCCCACACGUGCCCGCACUGCGGCAAGGGCUUUCUUUUCGCAGCCUAUCUCCGCAAACACUUGCACAUCCAUCGAGACUCCUUACAUUCGCCGGCUCCGCCCCUCCCCCCCGUCGAACACAUGCAGCCCUCUCCGGAUGCAGGUUCCGCCCCCACGGCAGAUGCUGGCGCCAUCUCCCUGGCUGUUCCUGUGACCGUGUCGCUGUCCGCUUUCCAGAACGUGCCAGCUACCGUAUUCAUAGAGAAGUCUGAUGCGCUCUGAGGCAACCUUAGAGCACGUAGUUGCACCUUGCUCAAACCUAAGUGUUUUAGUGCAGAUUUUCCAUGAUUAUUCUUUACUUAGACAAUGCACAACUAGGAUGUACAUACAGAUAGUGUAUAAACAUGUCUUCUACCAACAGACUUGUUCUGCCAGUGAAGCUUUUGCAGGAUAUCUUGGGAUUUGAGAAAAUGUAAAUUCAACAUUAUUCCAAGGACUAUAAAAUAAAUGAUAAACUUUCCCAUGUUCCUGUGAAGCUGACAGUUCAGAGGGCUCUCUGACAACUGGUGUCGGUUACGUACAAUAUCUGCCCUCCUUUGCUGACAAUGUGUAGGACAGUUUGUACUGAUGAGCUUCCAUAUGAUGUCUUAUUGAAAGUGUUUUUUUUCAUUUAGUCUUGUAAAACCCACAGCAUACCCUGGGGAAUAUUACUUCUGGGUAUCUUAUUCUUAUUAAAGCUAUGUUUUUCCAAAUGUUUUAUAAGUUGUACUAAUUUAAAAACCUUUUUGACAGGCCAGAUCUUGUAACUUGGCAUGUUUAAAAUUGUCAGGUUUAUUGGUACCAGGCUUUAUAUAAGAAAACAAAAGCUGUCCAAACUACUGGGGCAUGCUUUUGGUAUUUUUAAAAUAUGGUGUGUUUUUAAAUAUAGGCUGAAAUUAAAUCAAGACUUAUGUAAUAAAAAGGUUG